AUGGAGCUAACGAUGGAGAUUCCCACUGCUGGACCGGAAACGUACUGCCGCCUUUGUCUCGGCAAGGAUAGUUUGCUGGGUGUGUUUUCAUUGGCACAAAAUGGUAGUAACAGCUCGACCGAGCUGGUCGAGAAAAUCUUUCAAUGCACCAACAUCAAGCUCUCCUCCACGGUGGACGCGGGAUGUGCCAUCUGCCACCGGUGUCUGCAGGCGGUGCAGGAUUUCUACCACUUUCGCGUGCGUAGCAAUAAGGUGAAUGAUCUCAUCCAAGUGACGACGGUCGUUGCCAAUGGUGACGACAGCAGCAGUACGGAUGGAGCGCGUUAUUCGCCGACACCAUCAAAGCAACCGAAGUCAGCAACUCCAGCGGCAACGAACAACAAACCUAGUCCAACGGCAGGUGGGCAGCGAAAGUAUCACUGCCGCUACUGUCCCAAAUCGUUCCGCACGGUGGCCGGCUUGACGGAGCAUGGUAAUAAGGCGCACCUAGCCAACCGACAGCAUCACUGCCCAAACUGCUUGGCACAGUUCCAGCAUGCGCCGUCCCUGGCAAGGCAUGUGCGGAGCCGUAGUUGCUUCGCGUUCAGCAAAUACCGGUGCCGGGUGUGCAGCGAAAGCUUUCACGAGCGUAAACAGUGGGCUGACCAUAUACAGAUUCAUGCGAAAGAUUUCCCGUACCAGUGUCCGGACUGUUGGUCACAGUUUAAGCACAAGGCUACGCUGCGUCGCCACGCCAAUACCGUCCAUUUGUUGGUGAAGGUUUAA